UAGUGGUGGUGGCAAUGUGCUAAAUUGAACGGUGAAAAAUACUCGCACAAACAGGAGUCGUAAAUUGUGAUGUUAGUUUUUACUGGUCUCUGCUGUAAUCUUUAAUCUGAUAUUUUCUGAAUAUCUUCGUUACUAAGUUAUUAUUUUCUCUAGUCAUUCGUUAUGACAUUCAGAGAUUAAGAAUCAACUGGUGGAACCCGUAUUUUCUCCCCACCAGCCGUGCAAUUUCAACAGUCACUUGCAAGUACCUCGCCGCCGCCUCUACGACCGCCACCACCGCCAGUCGCCGCCGCCGCUAUCACACGCUCUGUUCUAUGUCUAUUAACCUUAUGAUAGAAUAGUCUUUACGUGUUUCGCAUCUUCCAUACAUUUGUUCACUCCUUAUUUCCUCCUCCCCUUCUAACAAAGAAUCUAUUUAAACCACACCAACCUAUUCACUCAUAUUGACUGGUACGAUAUUUAUAACCUGGUCGGUGCUAUACGUUUCGUUUAACUCAAAAUUCCAAGCCAUAAUACCUUUUAUAUAACGAUAAAGAUGAUGAUAACAAUAACAACAACAGCAAUAUCGGACAUCUGAAUGUCUUUUAUGAUUUUCCAUGUGUCGUUCGUCAUCCUGGAGCAGUCUUCCUCUUUCCCUCACCUUUCUUAGAUUCACGUUUCUCACCUGAUCGAAAUAUUUACCUUCACCAAGACUAUUCGCUUAAAAUAAUUGAUUCCCUUAUUUCGUCUGACUCGGUCUCCCUGCCUGAAUUUUUCCGACUUAGUCUACAGAAUUUUUGGAAGUUAGUUCAUUGCCAGUUUCCAUGGAAACUUAUAGGACUGAUAGCUGUGGUAGCCAAGGACGUUCCAAGCGACCUCGAAGUAUUGAAACUAUAGUGCGGCCAUUCAAGCUUAAUGACAUGAAUUACCGGGAAAUAAUGCAUUUGAUGAUAGAGAAGUUUAAGGAGGGUUUGAGUGCAAAGACAAACCCAAUAGCUACUGUGAAAAUGUUUCCAACAUAUGUCCGAUCAACUCCGAAAGGAACAGAAGUUGGAGAUUUCCUUGCUCUGGAUUUAGGUGGCACAAACUUCCGUGUACUUCAUAUCAAACUUGAUGGUCAAGACACUAAAAUGGAAAGUAAAAUAUUUCUGAUUCCUCAGAAGAUUAUGUCUGGAACUGGAACCGAACUCUUUGAUCACAUAGCAGAUUGUAUAUAUAAAUUUGUCAAAGAGCAGCAGCUGUUGACACAUUAUUUACCUUUGGGCUUCACAUUUUCAUUUCCUUGUCGACAAGAAGGUCUUGAUAAAGCUAUUCUUACCACUUGGACUAAAGGAUUUAAGUGUGAAGGAGUGGAGGGAGAAAAUAUUGUGGAAUUAUUACAUGCUGCAAUAAAACGGAAAGGACAACUUAAUAUUAAAUGUGUGGCUGUGAUCAACGAUACUGUUGGAGCCCUGAUGUCUUGUGCCCACAGUGAUCGAAUGUGUUCUAUUGGUAUUAUAUUAGGUACAGGUACUAAUGCUUGUUAUAUUGAGAGACUGGAAAAUGUUGACAUUUGGAAUGAAGAUAAAAAUGAACCAAAACAAGUUAUAAUUAACACAGAAUGGGGUGCAUUUGGAGACGAUGGCUGUUUGGACAAGAUUCUAACAGAUUACGACAGGCAGGUUGACAAGCAUUCCAUCAACCCAGGAAAGCAACGAUUUGAGAAGACAAUAUCUGGAAUGUACAUGGGGGAACUUGUCCGUCUUAUACUUGAAAAGUUACGCAGACAUAAACUGAUUUUCAAUGGUGUUGGCUCAGAAGAGUUAUCGACUCGUGGACGGUUUUACACAAAAUAUGUUUCUGAAAUUGAAAGUGAUAUUGAUGAUAGCUUCAAAAAUACUAAACAGGUCUUUCAGGAUCUUAACUUAACAAACUUUAUGGUGGAAGAUUGUCGUAUCGCUCAGUAUGUCUGCUCAACUAUUUCCACACGAGCUGCCUAUUUAUCUGCCGCAGGUACUGCUGCUUUGAUUCACAAGAUGGGUCGAUCUGAAGUCACUGUUGCUGUAGAUGGCUCUCUCUACAGAUUCCAUCCUCAUUUUCAUGACUUAAUGGUAGAAAAAAUUAAAGCACUUUGUCCCCUUACUAGAUUUCGUCUGAUGCUGUCCCAUGAUGGAAGCGGAAAAGGUGCAGCAAUCGUUGCAAGUUGUGCUACACAAGAAGGCCAGAAUCAAAACAACAAUUCUGCAUUAAGGGCGGAAGUUCAUUGAGAAUAAUAGUUAAUUAGAAAUCUAUGUCCAUGUAUGUUUUGGUGUGUGUGUGUGUGUGUGUGUGUACAUACAUAUAUAGGUCUCUCUCUCUCUCUCUCUCUCCUUUUAUAUAUGUAUGUAUAUAUAUAUAUAUAUUUGUAGAUAGAU